UCCAGGGCCUCCACACCCCCUGGGGCCCCUAAAUCCUCUUUAGUCUGUCGUGGGUGGUGUGGUUUGUGCCCUCAAGAACCUAUAUAUUUAAAAAAAUGAUGCUUAACUCAAGCAGGGGGGCCCACCAAAGGCCUUUAGGUCCGGGCUCCAAAAUUACCUAGGUGCACCUCUGAUUUCAUGGAACUGUGAAUUUCCAUGCCUCACCCCGACCUUCUUUAUUGGCUGUUCUUUGAGGAGAUGUUCUUUGAGUAACAAUGCAAAAAUGUUACUUUGUGAGAUUUGUUUUACUACAUUUUACUGGGAGAGGAGAUGCAGCUCUCAUAAUAUCUAAUUCCAGCCUUAUAGAAGCCAUAUCCUGUACUGAAGACAUAGAGAGGGCCCUACAUGAAAGGGAGAGGAAAUGGUUGCUUCAGGCAGCCGAUUCAAUGGAGGCAGCUUUCAUAUUUCCACACUCCAUCUUUGUGUAGUACUGAAAUACAACAUGAACUGCAAUAGUCAUGUGCAAUCUACUAAAUUAAAAUUUCCAUUUUUUUGUCCACAGCGGAAGCUUCAAAAGAAUUGUUCAGAAUAUGAAGAUGUUGUUGACCUUUAUCUUCAUAAUGAUUGAUACUCAAAUUUCUAUGGCCCAGAAACCAGCUUCUGAGUCUGCUGAUAUUGUCUUCUUGGUGGCUGGCAGUAAUACAUCUUCCCGCCAUGUCAAAACAUUCAUUAGCAAAGCAAUAAAUAGUUUACCACUAGAGUCUAAUGAGUAUCGUGUUGCACUUGCCCAGUACAAUGAUCAGGUAUACAAUGAAUUUCACUUGGAUACCUAUAAAGGAAAGAAUCCCAUGCUGAACCAUAUCAAAACCAAAAUCGUGUUCAGAGGUGGACCCUUGAAAACCGGCAAUGCUCUCCGCAAGAUUCAUGAGACCUUUUACUGGAAACAUACUGCUGGAAAAGGCAGAUCCAAGAUUUUGGUUGUGAUAACAUCACAACCAUCUGAGGAUGAUGUAGAAGAACCUGCUAAAAUGUUGCAGAAGGAUGGAGUGAAGGUCAUUGCAUUGGGGAUGGAGGCUGCUUCUUAUGAGGAACUAAUUCUGAUGGCCACACAACCAUUUUAUUUCUUUUUUCCUAGAAUAGGAGAACUCAGUCUAUUUUCUCAGAACAUCUCCAAGGUCAUUGUUGAUGCUGUCCAUGCGGCCGAGUCAUAGCCACAUUUUAAUUUCAUGUUCUCUUUCCUCUCCAUUAUAGCUUGUGAUGAUGAUGCAGUUGCUGACGUGGUGUUCAUAGUGGAUGAGGGUGCUUCACAAACACAGUUUGAGAAGAUUCAAGCCUUUUUAGAAAACCUGGUGUCUUCUCUUGAUGUGAGGGAGAAAUGCAUCAGGGUUGGCUUAGUGACAUACAGCUCUGAGCCCCAGACGAUAUAUUUACUGAGAACGGAAACCAACAAGACUCAUAUUCUGCAGAACAUACAAAGCCUUUCUCCCAAAGCAGGAAAGGCCAAUGCUGGUUCAGCCAUUAAUUUAACAAGGAAGAAACUCUUCACGGAAAGUGCAGGAAGCAGGAAAGCUCAAGGGGUGGAACAAAUAGCCAUUCUUGUCACCCACCAGUCAUCAGAAGACAGUGUGAGUCUUCCAGCUACUGGUCUCAGGAGGGCUGGUGUGACUGUGUUUGCCACUGGCAUAGAAGGGGCUAAUGCCACCCAGCUGAUCCAGAUUGCUUCCUACCCACCACAUCAAUAUGUUACUACCCUGAAAACAUUCUCCCAUUUACCACAUAAAGCUCUGGUUUUCCAUAAGAAGAUUGUGAAUCAAAUACAGCACAAGCUCUAUGGGGAAACAAAAAGAACAGAACUUCUCAAGAGAGGAUGUGUAGAUACAGAAGAAGCAGAUAUUUAUUUCCUCAUUGAUGGUUCAUCAAGCCUUGAUUAUUUUGAUUUUGUGGACCUGAAAUUGUUUUUGAAAGAAGUGGUUAAAUUUUUUACAAUAGGACCAAAUAAAGUUCGCUUUGGAGUUGUGCAGUACUCACAGAUCAGUGAGCUGGAAUUUGGGCUUGGGGAAUAUGCUAAAACAAGUGAUAUACUGAAAGCCAUUGAUAAUAUUCGGCAAAUUGGUGGGAGCCCUUACACAGGAGCAGCUUUGACAUUCAUCCAGCCUUUGUUAAGAAGGCCACAGGAUCGGCAUUCCAGAAGGGUGCCCUGCCACCUGCUAGUGCUAACAGACAGAGAGUCAGAAGACCGCGUGAUGGAACCUGCCAAGAAGCUGAGGAAUGAGAUGGUCAACAUUUAUGCUAUUGGUUUAAGACAUGCUAAUGAGUCACAAAUGUAUGAGAUUGCAGAGUCAAAGAACAGAGUUUACUUGGUGAAUGAUUUUGCCUCUCUGAAACAAAUCAAGAAUGAAGUUGUUCGAGAGAUCUGUGCUGUGGAAGCCUGCAAAGAAAAGAAAGCUGACAUUUUAUUUCUGGUGGACAGCUCUGGUAGCAUAGGCCCUGAGAACUUCAUCAAAAUGAAGAACUUCAUGAGAGAACUGGUUGACAAAUUUGACAUUGGUUUUGACCGAAUGCACAUUGGCCUCAUCCAGUUCAGUGGCAGAAACAAAGAAGAAUUCCGUCUUAAUCAGUACUCACGAAAAAGAGACAUAAUUGAUGCGAUUGGGAGAAUGUCUCUCAUGGGACAGAACACUCUCACUGGGGGAGCACUGCUGUUCACAUCUGAUUAUUUCAAGCCUGCCAAAGGUGCACGUCCCUAUGCCAAGAAGAUUCUUGUCCUGAUCACUGAUGGUGAAGCACAGGAUGAUGUGAAAAACCCUGCAGAAGCUUUACGCGAGGAAAGCAUCAUUAUCUAUUCGGUGGGGAUGUUCAAUGCAAAUAAAACACAGCUGAUUGAGAUAAGUGGGAAGCCUGAGAUGGUGUAUUAUGUGGAGAGCUUCAAUAUUCUGAAGCACUUGGAAAGUGAAAUUCUUUUUGGAAUAUGUAGUCCUUAUGAUGAAUGUAGGAGGAUAGAACGUUUGGAUAUUGUUUUUGUCAUUGAUGGUUCUGGAAGCAUAGAUCCCCAAGAAUAUAAUCUUAUGAAAGACUUCAUGAUUGACUUGGUGAAGAAAUCUGAUGUUAGCCAUGACCGAGUUCAGUUUGGAGCUGUCAAAUACUCUGCUGAGCCAGAAACAUUUUUCUAUUUGAAUGACUACAGUACAAAAUCAGCGAUCAUUAAUGCUAUCCAGAAUGAUAAGCCUAUUGGGGAUACAACGUAUACAGCUAAAGCACUUCAGCACUCAGAAGGCCUGUUCACCGAGGUGCAUGGCAGCCGCAAGCACCAGAGUGUCCCCCAAGUCCUUUUAGUGAUAACUGAUGGGGACUCCCAUGAUGCAGCGCAACUUGAAGAUGUGUCAAAGAGACUCCGGGCCCACGGCAUUGUUAUUUACGCCAUUGGGAUAGAAAGAGCCAAGCCUGAUGAGCUCUUAACCAUGGCAGGAUCAGAAGAUAAAUACUUCUAUGUCAAUACAUUUGAAGGAUUAAAAAGCCUGCAUCCAAAAAUAUCUGAUAGCAUUUGCAGUGUUUCAAAGCCAGAAUGUGGAAUUCCAGCAGAUCUUGUAUUCCUGGUUGAUGGGUCUAACAGUAUUAGUGACAGUGACUUCACUAAGAUGAAGAAUUUUUUGCAAGAUGUAGUUCAUCCAUUCAAUACUGGUCACAAUGUGCAAGUUGGCAUUGCUCAGUACAGUGACAGGUACCGGGAAGAAUUUAGCCUGGAUGUUUUCCCACACAAGUCAGAACUUGAAGCUCAAAUCGGACUCAUCAGACAGAUGGAAGGACUGCAGACUUACAUUGGUGCAGCUCUUGAGAGAGUAAAGCACUACUUUACACCUGAAGGUGGCAGUAGAAUAAAUGAAAAAAUCCAGCAGAUUUUGCUUGUGAUCACAGAUGGCCGAUCACACGACAAAGUUGCUAAAGCAGCAGAAGAUCUGAGAAAGAAAGGUGUUGACAUAUAUGCCAUAGGAGUUGGGAAAAUUGAUCAUUUGCAGCUUAGUCAGAUAGCUGGCUCCUCAGACAGGAAAUACACAGUUGAUAAUUUCAGUGAACUGAAAGUAAUUAAAAAAAGACUAGUUGGUGAUAUCUGUGAGGAAGAAGGUCAAACAACAUGCUUCCUGGAUAUUGUUGUGGGAAUAGAUAUAUCCUCACAAAGUCAAGGUGAUCUUAUAUUCCAUGGGCAGCCCCGGCUGGAAGCCGAGCUUCCUAAAAUUAUAAAUGCCCUCACAUCCCUAAAUAGUGUGAGUUGCAAUGCAGGCUCACAGUCUCAAACCAGUGUGGCGUUCCAAGUAAAAAACACAGAUCCACCCAUGACAUCAAAAUUCCAAAUUGACAGCGAAAAACUUCUGAACAGUCUUAUGGGCACUACCAUCAAGAAUGUCUCCCAUCUUAAUGCAAACUUCUUGGAUUCACUUUGGGAAACAUUUCAAAUCAAGUCUGCUAAUCGAAGAAAGGUGAUACUCAUAUUUUCGGAUGGCUUGGAUGAUAAUGUCGAGGUCCUGGAACAUAAAUCAGAAGAACUUAAGAUAAAGGGAUUGGAUGCACUGAUAACUGUUGUUCUGGAAGGAGCUUCAAAUUUUCAUGAGCUUCAAUACCUUGAAUUUGGGAAAGGAUUUGAAUAUAGGACACAGCUGAACAUUGGCAUGAGAAAUAUUGCCAGUCGAUUGUUCAAGUACAUGACCAACAUAGCUGAACGAACAUGUUGCUGUGUGUUUUGCAAAUGCAUUGGUGACGAGGGAAAAGCUGGAGAACAAGGAAGUCAUGGGAGGAAGGGUCUUCCAGGUGUUAAAGGAAGUCCAGGACAUUUAGGAGAAGAAGGGGAACCGGGUCCAAGAGGGUUGCCAGGACCAGAUGGAGAAAAUGGCUACAAAGGAUGUCAGGGUAGCAGAGGUCCUAAGGGGCAGAGAGGAAUAAUUGGCCGCAAGGGAAAUAAUGGGGAAAAUGGAAUGGAUGGCGUUCAUGGAGAGCCGGGUUCUCCUGGGCUUACAGGAAUUAAAGGAGAAAAGGGUGACCCGGGCUACCAGGGCAGCUCAGGAUCAUAUGGACUUCCUGGAGAGCGUGGUGAGAAAGGCCUACGAGGAGAUGUGGGUAAUCCUGGGCUGGAUAAUCACACUGUAGGACCAAAAGGAUUACAAGGGGAAAGGGGGACAGAGGGUGAAAGGGGAUCAAGAGGUCCAAGAGGACCAGAUGGCCCCAAAGGAACUAGGGGAUCCCAAGGUCGAAGAGGCCAUCAGGGCCCCCAGGGAAGAAAAGGAUCCCAUGGUCCCAGCGGUAUUCAUGGACAGCAGGGAUUUACAGGUCCACAGGUCAACAUUAAAAUCGUUCAGGGCGUAAGAGGAAUUCGGGGAUUAAAUGGGAUGAAAGGAAAUCAAGGAAAUAAAGGAUUUCCAGGUCAUCCAGGAAUAGCAGGUCCCACAGGUGUUCCUGGAAGAUGGGGGACCAUAGGGAAUCAAGGAGAACCUGGUGAUCCUGGAAUGAGGGGACAGGGAGGUCAACCUGGAUACCGGGGAAUGAGGGGAGAUGGUGGUGUUGCUGGAUAUGGUGGACCAGGAAAGAAAGGAGUAAAGGGGCAAAAAGGAUUUCCUGGAGCUAUAGGACAGAAGGGUAAUGUCGGCAACACUGGAAUUCCAGGAGAACAGGGACCAAACGGGAUCAAUGGACAAAUGGCUCCUGCAGGUGCUCCUGGCUUGAAGGGUUCACCAGGAGAUCGUGGUCCUCCAGGACGCAGGGGUGUGAAAGGAGCAAAUGGUGUCGCUUCCUUUUCACCAUGUGAACUCAUUGCCUAUAUCCGUGAGCACAGCUGGGGAAGGAGAGGAACAAUGGAAUGUCCAAUAUAUCCCACUGAAUUAGUGUUUGCCUUGGAUACAUCCAAAGAUACCACUCUUCAGAUAUUUGAACAAAUGAGAGAAAUCAUUGUAGCAAUUGUGAAUACAACUAAAAUCAGAGAGAGCAAUUGCCCAGUGGGAGCCAGAGUGGCUGUUGUAUCCUACAGCUCUGAUACCCACCAUCUAAUCCGCUUCUCAGAUUUCUACAGCAAGGAUCGGUUGCUCCAGAAACUGAAUGCUCUUUUUUACCAGAGAUCCUCAGAGAGCCGGGACAUUGGUGAAUCUAUGAGAUUUGUUGCUAGGAAUAUCUUCAAGAGAACUCUCCAAGGUGCUAAUGUUAGGAAAAUUGCUGUGUUUUUCAGCAAUGGCCAGUCUGUCAAUUCAGUUUCCAUCUACACAGCGGUCCUAGAGCUCAGUGCAUUAGAUAUUUUUCCUGCCGUAAUUGCUUUUAAAAACAUCCCUGAGAUAAACCAUGCUUUUAUGAUGGAUGAUUCUGGACAGUUUCAAGUCAUUAACAUUCCUGGCAAGGUUGACUACAAGCCAUUGUUACACAGACUGCAGCAAUGCACCCUUUGUUAUGAUAAAUGUGACCCAAGUGCUACUUGUGAACGAACCAGGAGAACCCAUCCCCUGUGGAGAUAUGUGGAUGCUGCUUUCAUUUUGGAUAGCUCACAGAAAAUGAACCACUUUGAAUUUGAGAAGCUGAAGGGUUUCCUAAGCAGAGCACUUGACCAUUUUGAUGUUUCGUCGGAGCCUGCAACUUCUUCUGUAGGUGACCGGGUGGCUGUGGUGAGCCACACCAUUCCAACUGCAUUCAAUCCCCAAACACAGAAACCUCAAAUUAAAGCAGAGUUUGGCUUGCUGACUUAUGGCAGCACAAAGUUAAUGAAAAAGCAUAUCCAAGAAUCUGUUCAGCAACUGCAUGGAACCGCUGCUGUUGGCCUUGCCAUUCAGUGGAUAAUCAAAAACAUGUUCUCAGAAGCUCCCAGCCUGAGGAAACAUAAGAUUAUUAUUGUUAUAUCUGCUGGGGAGACGAGUCAGUGGGAUAAAGAAGUGCUCAAGAAAGUGUCCCUGAGAGCCAAGUGCCAAGGAUAUGCCCUGUGGGUACUUUCUUUAGGGCCCAAAUAUAACAGCACAGAACUUGAGGAGCUGGCAAGCCUUCCCUUGGAGCAACACUUGAUUCAACUUGGCAGAAUCCAUAAGCCUGAACUGGAAUAUGCAGCUAUGUUCCUGAAAACAUUUCUACACCUCCUUCGGAAUGAAGUCAACACCUAUCCACCAGCUGAACUCAGAACAAAAUGUAACAAGAUCAGCUCUCAGAAAUCCAGAUACAGCUCAAGGAGUCUUAGUCUUAUAUGAAUGAAAAUUGUAGUUUUGGCAAAAAGAACAUUUUAUUCAUCGAUGGACAGCAGAAAUCAAUAAUGCUUUGGGUUUUUUGCUUUUUUUUAAAAAAACUGCAUCCAUUCUUCUCUCAUUGUUGUCAAAGAUGUACAGCAUAUUGCUCAAUUCCUGGGAACUAUGCAGGAAAGCAGGGUAAGCUGUGUCAAAUCCAUGGAAUGAUUCAUAUUUUUAAAGAUAUGUGCGCACACAUCAUUUUUCAAAGAUUUACCAAGGGAAUAUCUUAUGAGGAAUGCCCUAAAGUUCCAAUACACUCAUCUUUUAAAAAUUUUUAAACAUUGCUUAGGCUACCAUAGUCUGUUCUGCAAGAUGAAAGUUUAUUAUGUUGUGACACUCUGCUCCCUGUAUUCAAAAACAAUAUACUUCAUAUCCUGGUGGAAACUGACAGAAAGAUACUACAGAAAGUACACUGUUAUCCUGGUGAAUAUUCUUUAGAAAAUUCUAUGAAAGAGGAUGCUGACCAGUUAAAGACAUGUUGAAGCUAUUCUCACGACCAGCAAAAACAGGGCUUGAGGUCUGAAGGUGGGGUUAGUACUCCCGUGUGAAACCUCGGCAAGCUCUCAAACAGGGCUCUGUCAAAAGAGGGUCACCCAGUUCUCAGCCCCUCCUCUAAAACCAGGUUCAGCAAGCAGGGGAGGUUGCCUACCCCCUCCCAGUGCUCGUGUGGAGCCACGGGACGCUGUGGGACACUGCUUGAGGCUCCCUCCCUGGGGAUACCAUAAAGCCUGGAUAACAGAGUGGGCUGCAAAGCAAGCAGAAGUUUGCUUGGGGAAAGCCUGUCAAGCAAACAGCACUGAACUUCCUUAAAGUGGCAGGCACUUUGCAAAUGAGCCCAAGGGAAAAUAUGAACAUAGGAAGCUGCCUUCCACUGAGUCAGACCAUUGGUUCAUCCAGCUUAGUACUGUCUGCUCUACACAGACUGGCAGUGGCUUCCCGAGGCUCUCAGGCAGGAUCCCACUCGGCCCGACCUGGAGAUGCCAGGCAGGGAGCUCACCUGUGGCAUCGCAACCCCACAACGCUUUCGCUCGCUCUCACCGCCCCCUGCAAUGCUCUCGCUCGCUCUCACCGCCCCCACAACUCUCUCACCCGCUCUCUCCCCUCGCAAGUCUCUUGCUUGCGCUCUCUGUCAUCCGUCUUUCUACCUCUGUCUUGCAGUCCUUGCUUCCCCCUGCCACUGCCAGGGACUGUCACCUGCUUGCCUGACAGCCUCCGAGCUCCCUGCCGCUUCACGGCGCAGCUCAACCAGCUGUCUGCCGCCCGCAGCCCCCAGAGGCAACUGUGCAGCUCCCAAAGCUGCCCCCAGCCUCCGAGCUCCCUGCUGCUUCACAGCGCCCCUGAUCCAAUUGUCAAACUGCUUUCCAGCUGCCCCGCAGGGCGCAUGGCCCAUCUUGAAGAAUUAAUGAUAUAGAAUAUCCCGCUGUUCCUCCAAGGAGUCCAGAGCAGUGUACUACAUACUCAAAUUCCUCCUCACAACAACCCU